UUAAAAAUUAGUGACAAUCGCUUUUGUUUCCUUGGAGCUAGGUAAAGGGUUUGCAGGAUGUGCUUGGAAAUACUAAUAAUUAAUUUUAGUAUUAAGAAAUUAGCAUUAAAUGAUAUUACAAAAGAUGCAAACGAAUUUCCUUGAAAUAUAAACUGUUACUGUCAAAAGUUUAAAUGUCGUGUAAUAAAAUUACCUUGAUAUGCAAUUAACUCCACUUUCAUUUUAUUUUUGAUUUGCCGGUAAUGUUAAUGUAAAAAUUUAUAUAUAUAUUAAAACCCAUCAAAAUGGACUCCAAUAGGAGGUCAAGUUUUAGAACAAUACCUUCCGAUGAACGCAGACUGAGUAUAUAUGAACCUACUUCCAGUUCAUUACUCAAGAAAACCGAUUUUGAGACAUAUAUCGAAAACAAGCGCCCGAACGGCAAUGAAGAAAAAGCAAAAUUAAAGGUAAUAAGGGCGUUAAAACUCCCAAUAUACUGUGUUACUGGUCCACACUUUUCUGGAAAGACAGUAUUAACUGAAGCCAUGGCAGAAGCCACCGACUAUUAUCUUAUUUCUUUUGAAACGUGUCUCAAAUACGAAUUAGAAAACAGUUCAAAACGUGAAGGAGUCGUUCAAAAAAAUUUGAAUAAUCCGUUCAAUCUUCCAGACAAAUUGGCGGUAGAAAUUAUGGAUUUCCAAUGAACCUUAAUCAAGCCAAAAUUUUUGAAAGUAAGGUGUGUCCUAUAAACGCUGUGGUUUGUUUGACGAUGCAUUU